AAGUCCUGGACAAACCUAUCACAGAGAGAGAAGAAACGCAAUUACAAUGCAGCCACAAAGUGGACAAGGCCUCAGUAAAAUCAGUGAAGAACCUUCCACAUCUAGUGAAGAAAGGGCUUCUUUAAUCAAAAAGGAGAUCCAUGGAUCUGUAUCACACCUUCCUGAGCCUUCAGUACCUUAUCGUGGGACAGUUUUUGCCAUGGAUCCCAGGAAUGGUUAUAUGGACCCUUCUUAUCAUCCACCUCAUCUUUUCCCAACUUUUCACCCUCCAGUACCAAUUGAGACAAGACAUCAUGAGGGACGUUAUCAUUAUGAUCCAUCUCCCAUUCCUCCACUACAUGUCACUGGGCCACUGCCUUCUGCUCCAGCUUAUUCAGACUUACCAUUCAUCAGAAUAUCUUCUCACAGAAAUCCUGCUACAGCAUCAGAAUCACCUUUUAGUGCACCUCAUCCAUACAUUAACCCUUAUAUGGAUUAUAUCCGAUCAUUACACAGCAGCCCUUCUCUCUCCAUGAUCUCAGCUGCUCGGGGACUAAGUCCUACAGAUGCUCCACAUGCAGGGAUUAGUCCAGCAGAAUACUACCAUCAGAUGGCUUUACUGGCAGGCCAGCGCAGCCCAUAUGCAGAUAUCAUUCCUUCAGUUGCCACAGCAGGAGCAGGUGCCCUUCAUAUGGAAUAUCUUCACGCUAUGGAUAGUACUAGGUUUUCAAGUCCCAGGUUACCAACAAGACCAAGUCGAAAACGAACAUUGUCCUUAUCACCGCUGUCUGAUCAUAGUUUUGACCUUCAGACCAUGAUCCGCACAUCUCCAAACUCCUUGGUGACAAUUCUGAACAAUUCCCGUAGCAGUUCUUCAGCUAGUGGCUCUUACGGGCAUUUAUCUGCAAGUGCAAUAAGCCCAGCGCUAAGUUUCGCAUACCCUCCCACACCAGUAUCCCUCCAGCAGAUGCAUCAACAGAUCAUCAGUCGACAGCAAAGUCUGGGUUCAGCCUUUGGGCAUAGUCCUCCACUCAUCCAUCCUGCUCCAACCUUUCCUACGCAGAGGCCUAUCCCCGGCAUCCCUAAUGUCUUGAAUCCUGUUCAGGUCAGCUCAGGUCCUUCAGAAGCUGCACAGAGUAAGCCCACAAGUGAGUCUGCAGUGAGCAGCACAGGGGACCCAAUGCAUAACAAGCGUUCCAAGAUAAAACCAGAUGAUGACCUCCCCAGCCCAGGAGCUGGAAGCAUACAGGAACCACCGGAAGGAAUGACCUCAAUAAAGGAGGAAGGGGAGAAAGAUGAAAGCAAGCAAGAACCUGAAGUGGUCUAUGAGACAAACUGCCAUUGGGACGGCUGUUCACGAGAGUUUGACAUGCAGGAGCAACUAGUGCAUCAUAUAAACAAUGAUCACAUACAUGGGGAGAAGAAGGAAUUUGUAUGUCGAUGGCUUGAUUGUUCUCGAGAGCAGAAACCAUUCAAGGCCCAGUACAUGCUAGUUGUACAUAUGAGGAGACACACAGGAGAAAAGCCACACAAAUGCACUUUUGAAGGCUGUAUGAAGGCCUACUCCAGGCUAGAAAACUUGAAAACCCACUUGAGAUCUCACACUGGAGAGAAACCAUAUGUUUGUGAACAUGAGGGUUGUAACAAAGCAUUUUCAAAUGCAUCUGAUCGUGCCAAACAUCAAAACAGAACUCAUUCUAAUGAGAAACCCUAUGUCUGCAAAAUACCAGGCUGCACAAAGCGCUAUACAGACCCAAGUUCUCUCCGAAAACAUGUAAAAACUGUGCAUGGUCCUGAAGCACAUGUCACCAAGAAGCAACGUGGAGAUAUCCAUCCAAGACAUCCACCACCAAGAGAUCAAGGCAGAUCCCCAGGCCACCUGUCUCAAGGUGCAAUUGGUGAGCAAAAGGACCUCAGCAACACUACCUCAAUGCGUGAAGAAUGCCUCGAAGUUAAAGCUGUUAAGCCAGAGAAGCCAGUGACAUCUCAGCCAAGCCCUGGUGGUCAGUCUACAUGCAGCAGCAAACAGUCCUCCAUCAGCAACUAUGCCAACAAUGGGAUCGAGCUUAAUCUGACCAAUAGAGGUAGUGUAGGAGACCUCAGCAUUAUUGAUGAAACCCCUAUCAUGGAUUCUACCAUUUCUACAGCAACCACAGGUCUUGGUUUACAGACCAGGAGAAAUAUGACAGAGACCAAGUGGAUGGAACAAGUCAAGCUAGAAAAGUUAAAGCAAAUCAAUGGAGUGCUUCCAAGACUGAACCCCAUGCCAUCUUCCAAAGCCCCAGCUUUGCCACCUCUCAUAGGAAAUGAUAUUCAGUCAACUAGCAGCUGCAGCAUUGGAGGAAACAUGACUAUCUUAACCAAGAAAAAUGAAGUCACAAAAACAGAUAUUACUAUACUGAACAUGCUAAACAGAAGGGAUAGCAGUACUAGCACAAUCAGCUCAGCCUACAUGAGCAGUCGUAGGUCCUCUGGGAUUUCACCUUGUUUUUCCAGUCGUAGAUCCAGCGAUGCUUCUCAGGGGAACAGAAGGCUUCAGAAUCUCAGUGUUGCCGAUUCCUAUGAUCCCAUUUCAACUGAUGCUUCAAGGCGAUCCAGUGAAGUUAGCCAAUGUGACAGCUUGCCUGGACUUCUCAGUCUUACUCCUACACAACAAUAUAGGCUGAAAGCAAAAUAUGCAGCAGCUAUUGGUGGACCUCCACCAACACCACUUCCUAAUAUGGAGAGGAUGAGCUUGAAAACAAGAAUGGCACUAUUGGGUGAAUCUAGGGAAUCUGGGAUGUCACCCUUGCCUCCAUUAAAUUCUCCUCGAAGAUGUAGUGAUACUGGGGCCAACAGUAACAACAGAAGACAUAUAUUGCCUCGUGAUAUGCUUGGGAAUAGCAUAAGAAGAGCUAGUGAUCCUGCAAGACCAGUCUCAGAUAACCUGUCUUUUCCAAGAAUCCACCGUUUUAACAGUCUCAACAGCUUUAACCCUCCUGCUUUGCCUCCAUACUUUGAAAAACAAAACUUCAGCCUGAAGAAUUACACUUGCCCAGAUGAUAGUUUGUUCCAGAAUUUAUGUUCCUCUGGCCCGCCAAGUAUUUGUGAGAAUGUGGCUAUGGAAGCAGCUACCACAGAAGCAGAUGGUUGUUUGAAUGAUGAAGAUCUAUUACCAGAUGAUGUGGUCCAGUAUUUGAAUUCUCAGAAUCAAGGUUUGUACAACCAAUUGUCAAAUGAUGAGCUACACAGCAACAAAGAUCAUCACAAUCCAGCAAUGGAAAACAACAACAACUUUGAUCAAUCUCCUCCAACAAGCAACUCUCAGAAAAAUGACCUACCAAUUCAGUGGAAUGAAGUAAGCUCAGGAAGUUCUGACUUAUCUCCAUCAAAAUUAAAAUGUAGACCACAGUCCUUAAUACAGCAAACUCAAACCAUAGGCCCCUAUAAUAACUUGGUCAUUCAACAGCAGCUGCAGCAGGCACUGGAGAGAAAUGGUAUUACCCAACAAAAUGCCUAUCAGCAUCUUGCAGACAACAAUGUUUCUUGCAGUAUAGAGCAAAAUGUACUCAUGAAUAACAAUGACACAAGUUCUUACCACUUACACUCAAAUAAAUCACAGCUAUAUAGUAAUAAAUUUGGCAGACAACCUGUGAACAAUGGCUGUGAUGUGAUGAAUCAAGUUGAAAAGCUGAGAAGCGAUUUCAUGUUAACUAGUGGAAGUCAGCGAAAGUUUGGCUAUCAUGUGAUGCCAGAUGAGCAGUCUGCCAAUGCAAUUAACAAGAUGCAGAGCAGAAAUAUAGUUUUUGAGGAAUACCUUUCUAAUCAGUCAGAAGAUGAAGUGAGCCAUUGCCAAGAAGCAAGACCUUCCAAUAAAAUGAUAGAGCAAAUUAUAGUUCCCUCACAAGCUAGCUGCCAAGAACUCCUGUCUCAGAAUGGGACCCAUCCAUCAGUUCUUGCCAAAACCUACCAACUAUAUUCCAACCACUAUGGAGACAGAUGGCAAAACACUUUAAGGAACAACAUGGUGAGACAAUCUGGACUUCUAAUGGAUACAAACCAGUCACACAGGGUUACAGGUAUCAAGGUAGAAUCUCAAGGUCAGUUACAACAAUUCUGCUCCAAUGUGCAGAAUUAUUCUGGUCAGUUGUAUGACCAAACCACAGGGUUUAAUCAGCAAGCUCUGAAAGCAGAAACUUUUUCCCUUUCAGAAGCUAAUUACCUAAUACAAGAGGUAGCUACUGAAAGUACAUCAGAGCUUCUCUCCCCAGGGGUCAAUCAAGUGACAAGCACAGUUGACAGCAUUGACACAAGCAGCCUUGAAGGUGUGCAAAUUGAUUUUGAUGCUAUUGUAGAUGAUGGUGAUCAUGCCAGUUUAAUUUCAGGAGCCCUGAGUCCCAGUAUCAUUCAGAAUCUAUCACACAAUUCUUCCCGUCUUACCACUCCUCAAGCAUUUCUUACAUUCCCAGUUAUGCCCAUAAGUACAACCAAUAUGGCUAUUGGGGACAUGAAUUCUUUGUUGACCUCACUUGCAGAAGAAAGCAAGUUUCUUGCUGUUAUGCAAUAGACCUAAACAACUUAGGGU